GGGGCACUUUAUUUGGUAGAUGUUUUACCUGCUACUGGCUCUCUCAACGAUGAGGGAUACGCCUUCCAUGGUCCAGAAGCUCUUGGAAGAAGAGAGAGAGGCAGUCAAGUCCGCUCUUCAAGCAGUUGAUGAACAUAUGCAACUGAAGAAAAAGGAAGUGGAAGAAGUGCAUCGAAAACUAAUGAAAGAUGAAUCGAUUAAAGACCCAUUUCGUCCCGCUUUCAGCAUGGAAAUUUCAAGAACUACAAACCGAAAUAACAGAGUUUCUUCUAGUUAUACACCAGUUUAUAAUCCUCCAGCAAAAAUGCAGCCCAAGCCAGUUUUCUUGGAAGCUAUCUAUGAAGAAGACAAUGAUUCGGCCGCCAUGUCCAUGAGCAGCAACAAGAACGAAAAGCGACCAGAAAGGAUUCGUCAUAGCGCUAUGCCAAGCCGAUCAAUGACAGCCAAGUCCCGCUGCUCUAUUAAGGAGAAAGUAACAUCGGCUAGACCUCGAGUGUCUGAAGUAUCUGUUCUGCCUCCAAUAGAUAUGGGAUGGGGUAACAACCCAACUGAUGGCUGGUACACGGGGCCACUCAGCUACAGAUGGCAAAGAGUGGCGGAUAAUUACAUCGACAGUGAUGUCAGAGUCCGAAGCAGGAGACGGUGUCGUUCUCGAGCCAUGGAGACCAAACUCCGUCUAGGUUAUCAGGAGGAAGACGAUACUGAAGAUGAAAGCAAUGGACUGGUAGAAAUGGAACUGAGACUUCCGAGGAAGAGGCAGAUUACAUUCGGCCCGCCGCAUAGCACAUCGUACAGUCGAUGGUUUAGCCAUUUCAGUUGCCUGGACAAUCAGUACAAUUAA